AUGUUGUGCUUGUGUCUGUACGUGCCUGUCCAUAUCUCAGAGCGAACUGAAUUUGAGUAUUUCGAGUCUGAGAGUUUACCAGUGCAGCUAAAGUCUCUUUUUAAGUUAAGUUUAUUUCUUCCAUCACAAGAGUUUGAUUCGUACAGGAAAUGGCGAAAGAAAGUCGUCAAGGCUGGAGAUAAAGACCUGGAUGGUCAGUUGGACUUUGAGGAGUUUGUGCACUACCUGAGGGACCACGAAAAGAAACUCAGGCUGGUCUUCAAGAGUCUUGAUAAAAAGAACGAUGGUCACAUUGAUUCGCAGGAGAUCAUGCAGUCACUAAGAGACCUUGGGGUUCAUAUAUCUGAGGAACAGGCUGAGAAGAUCCUCAAGAGUAUGGAUAAAAAUGGUACGAUGACGAUUGACUGGAACGAGUGGAGAGACUAUCACCUUCUUCACCCCGCCGAAAACAUUCCCGAAAUCAUCCUCUACUGGAAACACUCUACGAUAUUUGACGUGGGGGAAAGUAUGUUGGUACCCGAUGAGUUUACGGCAGAGGAGAAGAACACAGGAAUGUGGUGGCGACACCUGGUAGCAGGAGGUGGAGCAGGCGCUGUGUCCCGUACCUGUACUGCACCUCUGGACCGCCUCAAAGUUCUCAUGCAGGUUCAUGCAACGCGCAGUAACAGCAUGGGUAUCGCUGGAGGAUUCACCCAGAUGAUUCGCGAGGGUGGACUGCGCUCACUGUGGAGAGGCAAUGGGAUCAAUGUUUUGAAGAUUGCACCUGAAUCUGCUAUCAAGUUCAUGGCAUAUGAGCAGAUUAAGCGGCUCAUUGGCAGUAAUCAGGAGACGCUGGGGAUCCUAGAGAGACUGGUUUCUGGUUCUCUAGCAGGCGCAAUUGCGCAGAGCAGCAUUUACCCAAUGGAGGUUUUAAAAACUCGUCUUGCUCUGGGAAGGACGGGUCAGUACUCGGGAAUUGCAGACUGUGCUAAACAUAUUUUUAAGAAGGAGGGCAUGACAGCUUUCUAUAAGGGUUACAUUCCCAAUAUGCUGGGUAUCAUCCCUUAUGCUGGAAUAGACCUGGCUGUUUAUGAGACACUGAAGAACUCAUGGCUGCAGAGGUUUGCCACAGACAGCGCUGAUCCGGGUGUGUUUGUGCUGCUAGCUUGUGGUACAAUGUCCAGCACAUGUGGACAGUUAGCGAGCUACCCGUUAGCCUUAGUGAGGACACGCAUGCAGGCGCAAGCUUCUCAGGAAGGAAGUCCUCAGAUGACCAUGUCAGGACUCUUCAGACACAUUGUACGGACAGAGGGCGCUAUUGGACUCUAUAGAGGCUUGGCACCCAAUUUUAUGAAGGUCAUCCCUGCUGUUAGCAUCAGCUACGUGGUCUAUGAGAACUUAAAGAUCACCCUUGGCGUUCAGUCCCGGUGA